AUGGCUAGAACAUACGAAUGCCCGUACUCACUGGAGAUUCCGGUACAAGAUGUCGCCAGCUUCAUCUUCACGGCAGGCACGCCCGAGAGUCGCCGUCAGCCACAGUAUUUCGACGCAGAGAAGCCUGAGCGGAAUUAUAGCUUGCAGCAAGCGGAGGUUUGGGUGAGGAGGAUCGCCAAGGGGUUGCAGGACCUGGGGCUGCAGGCGGACGACAAGGUGUUUCUGUGCAGUGCCAACUCGUUGUACUUCCCGGUGCUUCUCUGGGCCGUGAUGGCUUCCGGCUGUGUCUUUAGCGGAUGCUCACCCAAUGCCUCAGUCUCUGGCAAGUCCCGCUUGACGCCCUUUCCUUUCCGCUUAUUUCCACUCAACGACUGCGACGCAGAGCUUGUGCUCGCGAACGCUGCAUCCAUGGCCAAAGUCCAAGAAGCCGUGCGUAAAGUCGGAAGACCGGGCCUCCGAGUCUAUGAAUUCACAGAACCUGAUAUUCCCGAUUCCGCAGGGUCAGGAGUGACGCCGUGGACAGACUUUUGGGCUUCAGAGUCCCGAAUAUCCGGAUGGGAUUGGCCAAAAUUGGACACCAAGGAAAAGGCGAUGGCGAAAACGGCGGUGGUCAACUAUUCCAGCGGAACGACAGGUCUCCCCAAGGGGGUUGAGCUCUCCCACUACAAUCUGAUCAGCAACUCGGCCCAGAAUCUCUUCAAGCGUCAGCUCGUCGCAGAUACUCCUGCAGGGCUUGCUCGCAAGAGCCGCCUAGACUCGGCUGGCGAAAGGUGGCUGGCUCCAUUCCCAAUGUUUCACGCCUACGGCCAAAACUACUACUGCCUGAACGCAGCUCGCUGUGGAGCCAAGGUCUUUGUCAUGGGCAAAUACGACUUGGAGCGGUGGCUGACGUACCUGGACAUCUACCGGAUCAACUUCCUGACCGGCACCCCGACCGUGUUUGCUUCCCUCACAAAGUACCCGCACCCGGAAAAGUUCAACCUCAAGGCCGUCGAGUCUGUCAUCAGUGGAUCGGCCCCUUUGAGUGCUGAAAUUGGUCAGCUGGUGGCCAAGCGCUACCUUCGGCCUGGCAUUGUCGUCAAGCAGGGAUGGGGCAUGACAGAAAGUACCUGCACCGCAACGGGAUUUGCUCAGGAUGACGAGGAUGACGGUGCGUCGAUUGGCUGGCUCAGUUCGAAUAUGAGUGCCAAAAUCGUCCCGAUCCCCGGUCGAGACUUUGGACCGUCAGAAGUGACAAAGCGUUAUCCCGUCGGGGAGAUUUGGUUGGCAGGUCCCAAUAUCAUGAAGGGUUACUAUAAGAAGCCACGAGAGACGGCGGCCACUAUAGUCAAUGAGGAUGGAAAACGGUGGUUACGGACAGGCGACAUUGGAUACGUCAAUGACCAGGGUCGAUUCUAUAUCAUUGAUCGCCUGAAGGAAUUGAUCAAGGUCAAAGGAUUCCAGGUCGCCCCUGCUGAGAUUGAACAGAUGCUACUACUACACCCCAGCGUCGCUGAUGCUGCCGUUGUCGGCUUCAAGAUGAACAAUGGAGAGUAUCCCAAAGGCUAUGUGGUCAAGAAACAGCAGGCACGCGACGUCACAGCCGAAGAGCUUCAAGAUUUCAUAAAAGCGCGCCUCUCAAAGGUCAAGUGGCUGACGGCAGGAGUCGAAUUCAUCAACGCCAUUCCCCGCAACAACACGGGAAAAAUAGAAAGACGCAAGUUGAACAGCGGUGAUGGAUCGAGCAUGACUCCGAAACUAUAG